ACUACGUUCUGGAAGCACUCUGUUUCUGAUCAGUUUCUCAUUUGCUCUCUCUCUUUGCCUCUUGGAUACCAAAACCAGCAAACCUUCAAACCCUUCAGCAGCAUCUCGCAUCGCAAUCCAUCAAUGGCGGCCAAGCUCUCUCUGUUCCUCCUUUCUCUCUUCCUUCUGAGUCCACUCUUUAACGCCGCCGCAUUGGCUGCCGAGGAGCGGACUCAGGCGAUCGCCUCCAACUCGGUCCUCAUCGCACUCCUCGACUCCCGCUACACCGAGCUCGUCGAGAAGGCGUCGUUGCUGCAAGCUCUGGAGGGAGCUCUGAGCCAUCACAGAAUAGCCAUUUUUGCUCCCGGGAACGAAGCGCUCGAGCGCGAGCUGGACCCCGAGUUCAGGCGGUUCCUACUGGAGCCUCGGAAUCUCGGCUCCCUGCAAACCCUACUGCUCCACCACGUCGUGCCGUUGAAAAUUGGGGCCGAGAACUGGCCGGCCUCGGUCGAGGUGGUUAACUCGGUUACCGAGUCAACUCAGCACCCCUCGCUCGCUGGUGAACCGCUCGAGUUACGGGGAUUGAAGGUGGUCUCCGUGAACGAUAUCGUCAGGGAGGACGGCGUUAUCCACGGGAUCGACCGCCCGUUAAUCCCAAAGUCCGUACAGCAGGAUUUCAACCAGCGGCGGAGCUUAGUGGCGAUCUCCGCCGUCAGACCUGAGGGGGCUCCGGCGGUGGAUCCGCGCCCUCAACGACGGGAGAAACCGGCACCGCUGUCGCCCGCUCUCCAGAUUUACGAAACCAUGGCUUCGGCACCGUCGUCGGCGCCGGCGUCCGCUUCGGGACCGGGAGGACCGCGCCACCACUUAGACGGCGAGGGCCAGGUGAAGGACUUCAUCCAGACGCUCCUCCGUUACGGCGGCUAUAACGAAAUGGCCGACAUUCUGGUGAACCUGACGAACCUCGCCGGCGAGAUGAGCAAGCUGGUUUCCGAAGGCUAUGUUCUCACCGUUCUGGCCCCCAACGACGAAGCUAUGGCGAAACUGACCCCCGACAAGCUGGGAGAACCAGGCUCGCCCGAGCAGAUCAUAUACUACCACAUCAUCCCUGAGUACCAGACGGAAGAGAGCAUGUACAAUGCUGUUCGCCGGUUCGGGAGAGUCCGGUACGACACGCUCCUAUUAUCCCACAAUGUGGUGGCGCAGGAGGCCGAUGGCUCAGUCAAGUUUGGCGACAGUGACGGCUCCGCGUACUUGUUCGACCCAGACAUAUACGUUGAUGGGCAUAUUUCGGUUCAGGGGAUCGACGGUGUGUUGUUCCCGCCGGAGGAAAGCAAGCGGAAGACGACGGAGACUAGAACUGCCGGCCAUGUUAAAGUUGUGGCCAAGCCUAGAAGAGGAAAGCUGCUUGAAGCUGCAAGCAAGAUGCUUGGAGUGUUUGGUUAAAUUUCCAUGGUUCACACAUCAAAGGAGAAGUUCUUGAAGAGAAGAGGCAAGGCAAAUCAACAACAUACAAAUCCCAGUACAGUCAUAUGAUCACUCGUUCAAAACAGGGUUCCAGUUUUCCUUUUUUUCUUUUUUUGUUGCAAGCUAAAUUCCAGCCACGUGGACAAGGGCAGUGCCCUUAGUUAAGGACCACG